AUGGAGGAUGGGGAGCGCACGACAGGCGCGGCGGGCAGUCCCAGCGUGGGCGAGAAGUCGGCCAUCAACGGAAGCAGGGUGAAGAAGGAGCGUGGCAGCAGAUCCCCGAGUCCGAGUGGUUCUCGACACCAAUCAAGAUCUUCGAGCAUGUCACGAGGCGAUGUCAAACCGGGCAGCGACAGUGCCUCGACUCCCGGCACAACGCCAGCGCCGAAGCUCACGCGCAAACCCUCGCAGCGGGAAGCCGGCCGCGCUGCUCCCCUCUUCGACCACCUCACCGAUGUUACCGAGCAAUCAUGUCAGCACUUCCAGGUCAUCACCGACUGUCUGUACGGUUCAAAACACAUGGGCUCGUCUGAACACGAUGUCCUCGAUUGCGACUGUGCUGAGGAGUACCGUGACGGCCGCAACUAUGCGUGCGGAGAAGACUCUGACUGUAUCAACCGAGCCACCAAAAUGGAAUGCGUCGAUGGCGACUGUAACUGCGGGCGAGGGUGUGAGAAUCAGCGCUUUCAACGCAAGCAAUACGCCGACGUCUCGGUGAUCAAGACAGAAAAGAAGGGGUUCGGUCUCCGAGCGAAUUCGGAUCUGCAAGCUAACGACUUCAUUUUUGAGUACAUUGGCGAGGUCAUCAACGAACCGACUUUCCGGCGGCGCAUGAUGCAGUACGACGAUGAGGGCAUCAAGCACUUCUACUUCAUGUCGCUGACCAAGCAUGAGUUUGUCGACGCCACCAAGAAGGGCAACCUGGGCCGUUUCUGCAACCAUUCGUGCAACCCCAACUGCUACGUCGACAAAUGGGUUGUGGGCGAGAAGCUGCGCAUGGGUAUCUUUGCGGGGCGGAACAUCAAGGCCGGCGAAGAGCUGGUCUUCAACUACAACGUGGACCGCUAUGGCGCUGACCCCCAGCCUUGCUAUUGCGGCGAGCCGAACUGUACCGGCUUCAUUGGCGGCAAGACCCAGACGGAGCGUGCCACCAAGCUUCCUCUGGCGACCAUCGAGGCUCUGGGUAUCGACGACGGUGAUAGUUGGGAUACCGCGGUCGCCAAGAAGCCACGCAAGAAGAAGCCCACCGAGGACGACGAAGAGUACGUUAAUAGGGUACAGCCUCGCGGCCUCGCGGAGGACGGUGUCACAAAGGUCAUGGCGGCGCUCAUGCAGUGCAAGGAGAAGUGGAUUGCAGUCAAGCUGCUCAGCCGCAUCCAGCAGGCCGACGACGAGCGCGUGCUGCAUCGCGUGGUCAGGAUGCACGGCUACCAAAUCCUCAAGACAACCCUCACCACAUUCAGGGACGACGCCAACGUCGUCCUGCAGAUCCUCAAUGUUCUCUACAGUUUCCCCAGAGUGACCAAGAACAAGAUCUCGGAUUCCAAGAUCGAGACUACGAUCGAGGAGCUUGCUUCGUCAGACCACGAAGACAUUGCUGCCGAGUCAAAGCGCCUGCUACAGGAAUGGAGCACGCUCGAGACAGCCUACCGCAUCCCGCGGAAGAAGUUCGAUCCCACGGCAACGCCCGUGGCCUCGUCAUUUGACUCGCGACGUGGCGCAGGGCGCGAGCCCGAAGUUGUCAACAAGCCUCCCUCUCCUUUCCAUAACGUGUUGAUCCCCAAAGGACCGCGCAGCAACAUGCCCCAGCGCAACAACAGGUUCUUCAACCAGCAGCGACCUCGGCGCUCGCAAAACUAUGGCCUCCCCUCCGGGUGGUUCUCCGCCACUGAUCAGUCCGGUAACACCUACUACUACACCAAGAGCGGCACCACCACCUGGCAGAGGCCUACAGCCCCCGCGGACAAGCCGGCAGCGACCAAGGGCCCCUCUCAGGCGCAACAAGAUAAGGAUGCUGUUCAGAACAUUAUCGACAGCUUGACUCGCGAUCCGCCGCUGCGCAAAUCGAAAUCCCAGACUCAGACCCCCCAAGCUGCCGACACACCUGUUCAGGAGGCAAAGAAGGAGAAGUGGCGUUCUUACCCGAUCGAGAAACAGAAAAAGAUCUACGAGAACACACUUUUCCCCUCCAUCAAGUCCAUCACUGACAGGUACCGCCACAAGCUGCCGAAGGAGGAGCUGAAGCGCUUCGCAAAGGAGGUCAACAAGAAGCUGGUGGAGUCUGACUACCGCCACGACCGCGUGUCGGACCCGACGCAGGUCACGGCCAAGCAGGAGAAGAAGGUCAAGAGCUACGUCAAGGACUUCUUUGACAAGGCCGUGAAGAAGCACCAGGAGCGCGAGGGCCGCCGCGCCGAGCGCGCCGUCACGGAGGGCUCCGGCGCCCAGGCGGCCGAUGCGACGACGACUAUGGAUCUGGACACGCCUGCCAAGGAGGGCGCGGAGGACGUGGCCAUGAGCGACGACGAGAACGCCGCCUCGCCCGCGUCGUCGGACCGCAAGCGCAAGCGGGCCGACGAGAACGACGGCGAGGACGCGUCGCCCACGAGCCUGACGCCGUCCGAGGCGCCGCCGUCGGUCAAGCGCCUCAAGGAGGACGACGAGGCCGCGCCCAGCCCGCCGUCGCCUCCGCCCCCGCCGCCCGAGAGCGCUAGAGGCGCCGCCAUCGCGGAGGAGCAGGAGCGCAUGCGCGAGCAGGAGGAGGCGCUGAUGCGGGAGAACGAGGAGGCGCAGCGCCUCGCCGACGAGGCGGAGAAGCGCGGGGAGCACAACGGGGAGCACGGCGGCGGCGGCGGCGGCGGCGAUCCCGCGACCAACGGGGUGGUGGCGAAGAAGCUUGGCCGUGAGCAGCAGCACCCGGCGGCGGUCAACGGCGCGGUGGGGGCUAUGGACCUCGACGAGGAGCUCGGCAGGGAUCAAGUCCGCCAGCACGAGGUACUGGGGCAGUGA